ACUGCUGGGAGGAGAGCAUAAGGCUCAAGAUGGAAAAUCAUGAACCAGAUAUUGUCAAGGAAAGCCUUUUUGAUAUCAUAACCAGAAAAAUUAACCAACUUCCAGAAGCAGAAAGGAAUCUACUUGAACAUGGAUCAACAUAUGUUGGAUUUAAUGCUGCUCUCAGUGGCCUAAUAGCAAACAGUCUUUUUUGGCGCAUCUUAAAUGUGACACAGGCUCGUAUAGCUGCUGCUUUACCAAUGGCAGUGAUCCCGUUUUUGACAGCGGACAUAUCUUACAGAGGUUUUAUAAGUUUACCAUUGAAUACAGGUGAUUUGAAUUGUGAAACCUGUACUAUAACACGAGCUGGAUUGAUUGGACUUGUUUUUGGUGGUCUGUACCCUGUUUUCUUGGCUAUACCUGUGAAUGGUGGCCUAGCAGCCAGGUAUACCUCAGCCCUGCUACCAGAGAGAGGAAACAUCUUAACCUACUGGACCAGAAUUUCUAAGCCUAUCUUUAGAAAGAUGUUAUUUCCCAUUUUGCUCCAGACUGGGUUUGCAGCAUACACUAGUUCUAGACAAUAUAAACUACUUAUAAAGGCUCUUCAAUUACCUGAGCCUGGCCUAGAAAUUCAGUGA